AGGGAGGUGGCAUGCUGUAGUGUGGCUUCCCUAGUUCACUUUAUUCAUCAAGUUCCCUCUCAGAGUGAAGUCACUCUGGUCUCUGAGCUCCAGGCUCUUACAGUUGGAUGCACAUGACUGGUGACUAAGAUCAAACCAUGACUGUAUUCGUGGCAGAUUUUUCGAAUUACACUGAUUGGCAGUUUUAUGAGUUUGAAAAUAUCACUGGCACGCCACCCACAGAAGAACAUUAUACUCCCUGUAAGAUAGACACUGAGACACUCAACAAGUAUGCCGUGGUUGUCAUCUAUGCUCUGGUCUUCCUGCUUAGCCUGCUGGGAAACUCCCUGGUGAUGCUGGUCAUCUUAUACAGCCGGGUGGGCCGCUCUGUCACCGACGUCUACCUGCUGAACCUGGCCAUGGCUGACCUGCUCUUUGCCUUGACCUUGCCUAUCUGGGCCGCCUCCAAGGCAAAGGGCUGGAUCUUUGGCACACCCUUGUGUAAGGCGGUCUCACUCCUGAAGGAAGUCAACUUCUACAGUGGUAUUCUACUGCUGGCCUGCAUCAGUGUGGACCGCUACCUGGCCAUUGUCCAUGCCACACGCACGCUGACUCAGAAGCGGCACUGGGUCAAGUUCAUAUGCUUAGGCAUCUGGACCCUGUCCUUGAUCCUGGCCCUGCCCAUCUUCCUCUUCCGUGAGGCCUAUCGACCGCCCUUUUCGAGCCCAGUCUGCUACGAAGACAUGGGUGCCAAUACAACAAAAUGGCGGGUGGUGAUGCGGGCUCUUCCCCAGACCUUUGGCUUCCUCGUGCCCCUGCUGGUCAUGCUGUUCUGCUACGGAUUCACCCUGCGCACGCUGUUUGCGGCCCACAUGGGGCAGAAGCACCGGGCCAUGCGGGUCAUCUUUGCUGUGGUGCUCGUCUUCCUGCUCUGCUGGCUGCCCUACAACCUGGUCCUGAUCGCAGACACCCUCAUGAGGAUGCGGGUGAUCUCGGAGACCUGUGAGCGUCGCAAUGACAUAGGCCGGGCCCUGGAUGCCACUGAGAUCCUGGGCUUCCUCCACAGCUGCCUCAAUCCUCUCAUCUAUGUCUUCAUUGGCCAGAAGUUUCGCCACGGACUCCUCAGGAUCAUGGCCAUCCAUGGCCUGAUCAGCAAGGAGUUCUCGGUCAAGGACGGCAGGCCUUCCUUUGUUGGCUCUUCUUCAGGGAACACUUCUACCACCCUCUAAGACCCCCACACAGGGCUCUUCCCUUCCCUUCACCAUCCAUUCCAAGCCUCAUAUCCUCUGACUGUUCACAGUCUGCAUGUCAAGGCAGCCUGCCAUUCUGGUUACAGGGAGUUGCUGAGGCCACAUCCUUACCAGGCCCCCAUUGUGUGCCUUGGCCCCACCUCUUACCAUAAUCAUCAUGUCAACUGCUAGAGCUUGGUCCAUCCAACCAUUGAGCCCACAGCCCUCUGUCUUCUGGCAGAGAGUCUUUGAAGACACUCAUUUAAGUAACUAUAAAAGUUUCCACCAUUGGGAACCAGUGAUGUCAAACAUCAUUAGUUGCUUCCCCAACUUUCUCUUUCCUUGCCUUCUAGCAAAGUCCCUUGAGAGAGGCUGAGAAUGACAGACACUCACUUUCUAAGACUCUCUUCAGCCAGGAGUGGCCAUAUCAUCUGGUUCUGACUACUGAGACUUAAAGGUAAUAGUGUGCUGGUAAACCUUUCUUCUUGGGGGAAACAUCCUGAUUUGUAGUAUUUGCCAUGUUCUAUGGUGUAAAUAAAUGCUCCCACCGUGGCCGAUUUCAAGGGUGAUCGUGUUUAGCAACCAGCUCAGGAAAUUUAGAAAAUGUAAUAAUCUGCUUUCACAAACAGGUACAAAGUGGCUCCAGUGCACCAUUGCUUAAGAGGAAGUCUGCUGGGGCCAAGGAACGCCUAAGAAAUAUUCCUGUUUAAACACACACACACACACCUGGUUCUUGUCUUUGAAUAUAGUUAUAAGAUAUGAUGUGUGGAGCUGAGACAGCCACUUUUUUGACAAUGAGGCAAAAAGUAUGUCCACACUCAGGCUGAUGGAGCCAAAGGAUAAAGAGAACCUGAGAAUAAAGAGUUCAGAAAUAAACCUAAGCAUAAAUGGUUAAAUGAUUUUCAACAAGGAUGCCAAGACUAUUCAAAUGGGGAAAGAAUAGUCUUUCAACAAAUUGUGCUGGAAAAAUUCGAUAGGCACAUGCACAAGAAGGAAAUUGGACCCUUACCUUACACCACAUACAAAAAUUAACUCAGAAUGGGGUUGAGAUUGGAGUCUGAGAUGAAGUCUAGGGGGACCAGGGAUGGGAUGGCAGCUUGUGAUAAGGUGGAUGGUCAGAGAAGGAUGAAUGUCAGGAAUAGGGAGAGAUCCAGAAAUAGAGAGAGGCUGAGGAUGAGGUUGAGUGAGAUUCAGGGAGGGUGGAGAUAAGCUUGGGACCAGAGAUGGAGUAAAGCUUAGGAAUGGGAUGAAUUUGGGGGUGAGCCUCAGGGAGGGGUGUUAGAAAUGGAGUGAAUGUCAGGAAUGGAUUAGUGGGUAUAAUAGUGGCCACUGCUAUUUAGUCUAGUUAGUGGCUGGAGCAAAACAGUAUCACUGGAAGGGUCACCAUCUUCUUUGGAUCUGUGUCUAAGAUGCUCUUUCUGAGAGCAGGAUGGAGAUGCCUUGGCCUGUAUACUUGAGACUCUACAAGCAGGUUAGUGAGGAAGGAGUUAAGGGCUCAAGCCCUAAGAGAUACAUUUGAUUCAGGAGAGAAGACAGAAGAAUGUGGAAAGAAUCCAAAGAGGAAGGCUGGGAACUGGGCCUGGCAACCUCCAUCCUCUCCCUCCCUCCCCUAAUUCCCCUUCCACCUCUUCUACUGUGUAACUCAAUGCUUAUCUUCCUUUAUCCUCUGCUGCCUCAAAGACAACUCCAUCGGGGCUUCAGUAAGUAAAUAAGGAUACAUACUGGGUCUGGGGAAAUACAAAUGACUAAUACAUGUCUGAAAAGAAGCUUGGCCUCACUAGUAACCUGCAAAGUGGGAACCCAACAGCAGUAAAUAACUUGGAAGUAUUUUAAACAAGGCAGGGAUGUAGUCAGAAUUCUCUUCAAACAAUACACAUUGUUCAGUUAGAUUUUUAAAUGGAGUGUGUAGUUCUCUGGGUAUAGCUCAAUGGUUUGGAUUUCAGACCUGUAAAGAUACCAGGAUGUUGGUAUUGAAAUAACAUGGUGUAUGAAAAUAUCAAAAACUGGUGUUUCGUUCACUAGAUAGGGUAGAGAUUAGAUAUCUGGUCAAGGUCAGGGAGAUGGCUCACCUCAGAGAGGAACUCAACGUUCAGGAUGGGGCUGGGACCAGGGAUGCGGCGCAUCUUAAGAGAGGAGUGGGGCAAGGGUCAGAGAUGGGAGUCAGGGAUGGAAUUGGGGUUAGGGAUGGGGUAAACAUCAUGGACUGGAUGGGGGACAGGGAUUGCGAUGUGAAUGUGUGUUCUGCACAAUGCUUGCUGAUUUUAAAUUUUGGAAAUUUGUUUUGUAGGCUUGGUAAAAAUAUUCCAGCCCCCAAGUUAUCAUGUUGAAUUAUGUUAUUUCCCCCUACACAGUUCCCCUUCUGGUCAACCACAGCCCCCUUACUAUCUGUUGCCUCCUUAUGUGGUGGCCCAUUCUUACUGGUUCCAGCAAAAAUAUUAAUUGAUAAUCUGUAUUUUAUUCUGUAGUGGUUUAAGACUGCCUCUUUCCCAGCAACUUGCAUCUUAGAGUAUUUUAGAGGCUGAAAGUCUUAUAGAUGCAGAUGAAAUAAAAUGAUAAUUUCCGCUUUGGUCUAAGGGUCUUUCCAGAGAUAUCUUCCCAUAGAUGACCACUAAUCAAGAAUUAUAUUGUGGUUUUGGUUCCAGAUCACUGCAGUAAAGUGAAUAUCGAGAUAAAGCCAGUUGCUUGCAUUUGUUUGGUUUCCCAGUGCAUAUAAAAAAAGUUAUAUUCACUCUAUACUGUAGUCUAUCAGGUAUGCAAUAGCACUAUGUCUAAAAAAUGUACAUACCCUAAUUAAAAAUACUUUAUUGGUGAAAAUUGCUAACCACUAUCUGAACCUUCAGUGAAUCAUAAUCUUUUUGCAACAGUGACAUCAAAGGUCACUAGUGAGCAAAUGCUGUUGGAAAAAUGGUUCUGAUAGACUUGCUUGAGGUAAGGGUUGCCACAAAACUUCAACCUUUGUAAAAAAAAAACAAAACCCAAUAUCUGCAAGUUUCAAUGAAGAGAAGUACAAUAGAGCAAGGAGGCAUGACUGUAUAGCAUUUUGCUGUUUCUACACAGAGGUUAGAGGGACCAAAGUUCUCUGGGUUUGACCCAGAAAGCCACAAGUGACUAACAGCUGGGCUCUCACAGUGACUGCUAUUAUCCAUCCUGCUAGUCUGUUUUUAAACUCAAGAUUCUUCAUCUGGAGGUCGUCAGCUUCAAGAAGUGGAAUAGAAGGACGUGGAGCUCACUCUUUUCCACAAGUACAUCAGAAAUACAUCUACAUGUGGAACAAUUCUCACAGACUAUCUACUGAACUUGGGCAGAGGAUCUUGUCCAAUUGAAAUUACAAGGAGAAUAUCAUGAAACUGGAUAAACAGCAAGGUCCUACUGUACAGCACAGGGAACUAUAUUCAAUACUUUGUAAUAGCCUAUAAUGAAAAAGAAUAUGAAAAAGAAUAUAUAUAUAUUACCGAAUCCCUACACUGUAUACCAGAAGUUAACACAACAUUGUAAACCAACUAUAAUUCAAUCAAAAAAAUCCUUCUUCCAACCCUGAGGGUAGAAAUGAAUUAAAGAAUGAAACAAAUAAAAAUAAGCAGAAUAUGUUAGUGCAAACUUUUUAAGAUUAGUUUUCCUUUUUUAUCAAAGUAUUUCCCCCUACAUUAUUUAAAAAAGCAAAAAAAAAAAAAAAAAAAAAAAAGAAAAAAAGAAAAGCAAAA